AUGGCGGUUGGAAAGAACAAGCGUCUCUCAAAGGGCAAGAAGGGUCUCAAGAAGAAGACCGUCGACCCCUUCACCCGCAAGGAUUGGUACUCGAUCAAGGCUCCCAACCCUUUCAACGUCCGAGAUGUCGGCAAGACCCUGGUGAACCGCACCACAGGUCUCAAGAAUGCCAACGACGCCCUCAAGGGCCGCAUCCUUGAGGUCUCCCUGGCCGAUCUGCAGAAGGACGAGGACCACUCGUUCCGCAAGGUCCGCCUCAGGGUCGACGAGGUUCAGGGCAAGAACUGCUUGACUGCCUUCCACGGUCUCGACUUCACCUCUGACAAGCUCCGCUCCCUCGUCCGCAAGUGGCAGUCCCUCAUCGAGGCCAACGUCACCGUCAAGACCACCGACGACUACCUUGUCCGCCUCUUCGCCAUCGCCUUUACCAAGCGCCGCCCCAACCAGGUCAAGAAGACCACCUACGCCGCUUCCUCGCAGAUCCGUGCCAUCCGCAAGAAGAUGACCGAGAUCAUCACCCGCGAGGCCAGCACCAGCACCCUCACCCAGCUCACCUCCAAGCUGAUCCCCGAGGUCAUUGGCCGCGAAAUCGAGAAGUCCACCCAGGGCAUCUACCCCCUGCAGAACGUUCACAUCCGCAAGGUCAAGCUGUUGAAGGCACCCAAGUUCGACCUUGGUGCCCUUAUGGCUCUGCACGGCGAGUCGGGGACCGACGACCAGGGUCAGAAGGUCGAGCGCGAGUUUAAGGAGCGUGUGCUCGAGGAUGUCUAA